AAGGAGAGGGAAAAAUAAACUGUUAGAAUAUAAUAAUGGAGGAAGCAUGGUGAGAAAGCCCUCCGUCAUGUCACAUGCGAGCGCGGCGGCGUUGCCAAAGGGAGGCUCUAUUUUUAGGGGGAGGAAUGUACACAGAGGCCUCGUGGAAAGAGGACAUAACAACAAACAGUACGCAACACGCUCCUACAAAGAGACGGCCCCCCUGAGGAACACACAGCCACACAGCAUCAGCGCGAGAGAAAAGAGGAGGAAAGUAGAGGAAAAUGUCGGCACGCAUCUUCUGCUGAGAUCUUGCUUUGAAUACAGAGUGAGGCCCCAGAACACACAGAGAGAGAAAAGAGGAGGAACAGCAUGGACCGACAGGCAGUGGAAGUCUUCCACUACAAGGACAAAGAGCAGUCCUCCAGCCUGCUCCUGCAGCUCAACAGACUGAGGCAGGACAGAAUCCUGACAGACGUGUUACUGUGCUCAGAGAACACGGAGAUCCCGUGCCACCGAAACGUCCUGGUCUCCAGCAGCCCCUACUUCAGAGCCAUGUUCUGCCACAACUUCAUAGAGAGGCAGCAGACCAAGAUCCACUUGAAGGGGAUCACCUCCACCAUCCUCAGUAGUGUCAUUGACUAUGUUUACACUGGACUCAUUACCAUCAGCUUGGAUACUGUGCUGCCUCUGAUGCAGGCAGCAUCCAUGUUGCAAUACGGCCGCAUCUUUGAGGCCUGUUCCAGUUUCCUUCAGGAGCAGCUGAGCCCAGAUAACUGUCUGAGCAUGGUAAGACUCUCUGAGAUCCUGAAUUGCAACACCUUGAGAGUGAAGGCCAAGGAGAUAGCGAUGAAGAGCUUCUCCGACGUGUCAGCGUCUGAGGAUCUGUGUGAGCUCUCUUUACCAGAGCUCAUGGGUUACUUGGAGGAUGACAGCCUUUGUGCAGAGGAGGAGCAGGUCUUUGAGACACUUGUUGCUUGGAUCCACCACGAUCCUUAUUCUAGAAGAGGAGCCAUUAGUGAUCUUUUCAAGAAAGUUCGCCUUCGACACAUCCACCCCACAUACCUCUUCCAGUUCAUUGCCAAUGACCCUCUGAUCCAGUCCUCCAGCCUCUGUACUGAGCUCAUUGAAUCUGUCCGAAGACUAAUGUUUGCUGUCAACACAAAAUUAAUCGGAGAGACAGAGGUGAACUUCAAACCUCUUUGGGUGGCACCAAGGCGCUACACCUCCAAUGACAUGCUGGUGGUUGUGGGAGGGAGAAAGAACAAUGAGCAGACGUCGAGGGAGGCCCUGGUCUUCGAUGAGGAGAGCCAGAAGUGGCAGUGCCUCACCAAGCUGCCCAUUCGCCUGUAUAAGGCCUCGUAUGUUGCCCUCCACAGCGUCAUGUACGUUAUCGGAGGCCUGACCACAAACACAAAGCACGGCCAGGUCAGCCCGACCGUCUACACACUCUCCCUCAAGACCAACCAGUGGCGAACCGCAGAGCCCAUGGUGGAGCCACGCUUCGCCCACCGGAGUGUCUCUUAUCUGCACUUCAUCUUCGUCCUGGGAGGCCUUGGGCCCGACAGGCGGGUGACAGACAGCGUGGAGAGGUACAACAGCAUGUUCAACCAAUGGGAGACGGUGGCACCCAUGCCUGAGGCCGUGCUGCACCCAGCAGUGGCUGCUACCAACCAGAGGAUCUAUAUGUUUGGAGGAGAGGACGCCAUGCAGAGCCCGGUCAGAAUAAUACAAGUGUACCACAUUGCCAGGAACAUGUGGUCCAAGAUGGAGAACAGGACGGUGAAGAAUGUGUCUGCUCCAGCUGUCAUUAUGGACGAUAAGAUCUACAUCAUUGGAGGAUACACCAGGAGGAUGAUUGCGUAUGACACCAAGGCCAACCGGUUCAUCAAGUGUGCUAACCUGAAGGAGAGGAGGAUGCACCACUCUGCAACCGUGCUCAAUAACAGACUCUACAUCACAGGUGGACGCUACAUCAACGGCCAUGACAUCAUCGAGGACUCGGACGGCGUCGAUUGCUACGACCCGAAGACGGAAACUUGGACAUCUAAGGGGACUCUGCCGUAUAAAGUGUUUGACCACGGCUCCCUGACUCUGACAAGUGUCUCACAGACAUGGGCAAAAUCCUAGCUGGUGUUGGAUAUUUACUUUGAGUCCUUAUUUUAAUUUCAAUUAUAUGAAUUUGAGAAAAAAACCCAAUGACAUAUUGUUUUUAUAAACUGUAUUUCUCUAUGUUUUGAAUGAAUAUCCGAACAAAGUCUGCUGCGCAGCCUUUUAACCUGACUGACUUCAUGAAGAGGGAAUAAGUUAUUUUCAGUCUGCUCUGAAUCUAAAUCCUGAGAUAUCACUUGACACAUGUUUAAAUCUGUGUGGAAAGUUUGGUGUGAGUCAAAGCUCUGCUCAGCUGUUAGGUUUGAACCUGCUGACUUUGGAUCACUGUCUUGUUUCUUCUGUGUAAAAUAUUGAUUUAAAAAUGUAUAAUUUAUUGCAAUAACAACCAAAUAUUUAAUUCACUGAUGAAAUAGGCAAAGGGUAAAUAAAGGCUUUAGGCAUUGAGGGAACUAUUUCGGAUGUUCUUAGUUUGUGCAGUUUUCCCAUUGAUUUGGACCAAUAGAGGUCAUAUGAACAAUUUUCUGUAUCUUUACUGUUUACUGAAAUACUAAGAAGCUUUGGUAAUGAACCUGUGGCUGGAUGACUAGCCUCAAGUUCAGGAUUUAAUAAGUGAGUUUUCUUUUCUUAUAUUUUCUAUUGUUUUGUACUGUUUUUUUUCUGAAAAUAAAAUCUCGCUCUUUA